AUGGUGAAGACUCUGUUAGCAGUGGUUACCUUGGUAACGUUUCUGACGGAAAAUCUAUGUAGUCAGCAACCUGGAUUGAACAGCAAGCACCAGGUCCGUCAAAAUGGUGCUGCACAUCUUUACAACUAUCCGGCUUUGAACAACCACAACGAUCGAUCUGUUCCUCUCGUCAGCAAUAAUGUGCCCAACAACCAAAUUUAUUGGAACAAGUUUUUAAACAAGGUUUCUUUAUCGGAUGGAGGUAACCGAAAGGACAAGAAUCAAUCCGCUAAUAUCAACCCCAAUGAGACAAAACACGAAAACAACGACAGUUUGAAGUUGCCAAAACAACAGAGAAAAAAUCUUCUUGCAAAAGUCAUCAAGAAGACUUCUACCAAUCCAGAAGCAAACCCAGCUAAUGACGAUGUGACGGCAUCGAAAAGGGUGGCUCCUGUUGUAGCGGGCGCAUUAACAAAGUUGGCGGGGAACGAGAAGGUCCAAGAAGCCGUAGUCGAUAAAGGAAUCGAAGUAGCAGGAAAACUGGUUGACAAAUACUUUGAAAACAUUGACGAAGCUCAAAAAAAAUCCUCAGAAUUUCUUAAGAAACAAAUUAAACUUGAUAUAAUGCCAGACAAAGGAUGGGAAACUGAAGAUAUGUUUGUUCCUCCUGGAUAUCACAUCAAUGCCGAAGUUGAAGGUUCAGAACCAUCAACCGGUGCUGAUGACACGGUACAACCCUAUAACUACCCGGCAGGCCUUGGGGGUGUAUUAAUGAAUGGUUGCUGGGGAACUGAUUACAAAGAGGGAGACCCGUGCUAUAAUGCGAUGGAAAAAACUGAGCAGUGCAGAGACAUGAUUGAUGGUGCUGCAUUUAUUGGUGUUGGUUUUGACGGUCGUGGUCAAUACAGCCCUGAGUCCAGGAAGAUGAGUAUCAUCCAGAGAAGCUGUGGUGGACAUUCAUCAUAUGAUAAUCUUCAAGUGCCAGACACGAUGAACGUUCACGGAAUCUACGAUACUAGUGCACACAUGACCGUAUUUACGUCACGAUCUGAGUAUCAAAAGUAUUUACAAAAUGAAGCAGGAGUGUCAGGGUCCGUCUUGGGGUUCUACGCUGGUGUCAAGACUGCGUGGGGAAGCUCCGAAAGCGGCGCAAAACAAACCAAUCUUGCCAUCUUUGAUAUCGAUGUGGACAGAUACGAGAUUUUUCAAGAUGAAGUCAAGCCACAGGAUCUGAGCAGAAGUUUCUUAAGAGAGUUUAUUAACCUUCCAAACUCCUAUUUUGAACCUGGAGCACCAGCUAAAUUCCAGGACUUCAUUCUU